UUUAUGGAUGUCGUUGGUCUUGCCAUGGCAAGCGCACGUGUCCCAAAUCCCUUCCAGCUACUGGCCUGGCAUUUGCAAAAGAUACCGGUCACAUGGACACACUAAUCCCUUCAUGACCCUGCCACGCUGGCAAACCGACUGAGCCGUAGUCCACUUUGAGGCUAUUCUUUGUGCACCUUUGCAGUCAGGUAACGUAGGUCUCGUUUCAUUAUGGGGGACCUGAGGUCAUUGUCACCUCUACCUCACUUGGAUCUGAACAACUUUGAAUCUGCUGAUGCAGAAAAGAGCAGGUACGUUUUAACAAGCCCCCGCUCCUUGGAGUCCUGUGCGCGACUUGGCAUCAAACCUGUUGAACUUCUGAUGAAAUCGCUGACUGAUUUAUCGGCUGAGCAGUGUGACGUGCCUUUAGAGGGGGUGAAAAUUAUGCACGAAUCCUACAAAAAGGACAGAAGGAAGCUUUUGCAAAUGUGCCGAGAUGAGAGGGAGAGGAUUAUGCAGCAGGUUGACAGGUGGCCGAGCACUAAGAAAGUCUCAAGCCUGGAAACGAGACAUGACACCAAGCUGAAAGAUGACAUCGCUCAUGAGACAACUGAUCCUUUUCCAUAUGCACAUUUGUGUAUUCGGGACAGAUGUGCGAGUAAAACAUCCUGCUCUGCUGGGGGAGAGCCAGACAGGAACACAAUCUGCAGCCUAGGUGACCUCAGGCACUCCCCAGCUAUCCAGAUGAAACUGAAGAGGCUAACUGAAGACAUCAGGAGGGAGAUGCGUGUCCCGAUAUCGCAGACAGACCGCAAGAUUGCAGCUCUCAUGCUGGUGAGGCACCACGAGGAGAUGGAUCGCGUCUGUCACAGGCAGCACAGGGACGAGGAGCGAGAGGAGGCCCGUAGGCAGGAGGAGGCCCGGCAGGCGCAGGUAGACAAAAGGACGGCGAAGCAGCUGAUGCAAAGCGUGCAACACUGGCACGAGGAGCUGGAGGCCCGCAGGGCACUCAGAGCAUGUCGGGAAGAAGAGAGAGCUGUACAACUCAAAAGGGAGAUGAUGCUGCACGAGGAGCGCUGGAAGAGGCUGAAGGAGCAGGUGGAGGCGCAGCGUCGAGGGCAGAUGGCAGUUGCGCAGAAGGACGCACAGGGGAGGAAAUGCUACCAAGAGAAAGUGCUGAGAGAAAUGGAAGAGGUGGACAAAAGGCAGCGAGACAAGGAAAGACAGAGGGCUGUGGAGAAGGAGCAGAGAGCAAGGAGGAGCAAACUGCGGCUGGAGAAGAAGGGGAAGAAGCGUCUCCAGGAGGAAAACAGAAACGAGCUGCUGCGCCACAUCCUCCUAAAACAGCAAGUGGAGAAACAGGUGGAGGACGAGGAGUCACGUUUAAGGGGGGCACUGGAAAGGAAGACGCGGCAUUCUUGUGAGAAACACGCCCGCGAUGUGGGGGCCCGGCUGCUGGAGCUACAGGAGCAGGCGGCACGGGAGGAGAAGCGGAUUCUAAGAGCCCAACUCAGGGCCAAGCUGCAGAGCAUCCAGCAGCUCACGCACAAGCACCUCCUGGUCAAGCUGAGUCAGCAGCGCACGCAGAGAGCCGCCGAGCACACGUCAGCCCGGCAAAGGAAGAGAGCCCAGCAGACGCGUCAGCACAACAAACACAGGCAGCUGCGUCACCGGCGAAAACGAGAGAGCAAUCAGAGAGAGGACGAGGCAUUGAGGAUGGUUAGGGAAAGCAGCGUCGCCAUGAAGGAACGGAGGUGCAAGAGGCUGCUUCGAGAGCGGGAACGCAAACAGCAGGAGGCGCACAAGCAGGCCCUGGCGUCGUUUCACUUGAGGGAGCGAGUGAGGCAGCAGACUCAAAGUCGCUCUUUUGCGCAGAUGGCUCAGGAAGCCCAGCUGGCCGCCUCCAUCGGCCGCAUGAACCUCUGAAACAGCAACAACACCAAUCGGAAGAUCUUCCCACAAGCCUGCGCUUGAACUUCCCAGUGCACGGUGAGAUCUUGGAUGAGUUGGCUGUGUAAGAACCUCAACGGCCUCUCCAAAACGGAUUCCCGCAUGCUCUUCCUCUGGAUGGCAGAAGGUUUGGAAACACUGAGCGAGAACAAUGUCAACUAAAGCUAAGCCUGCUUCUCUGUCAGCUGACUUCACAAGUGGACAGAAAUAGACCAACUUCAUACUGUUCCUACACUGCAAAAACAGUUUUUUUUUCCCUUGCGAAAACGUACUUAUUUAAAGACAGUUUAGACUUUUUUCUGCAAUGUUAUGCAAGACAAAAAGACUAAGGUACAAGAUCUUAUUUUAAGAAACUAAUCAAGUCAAUUCAUACUAGCUCCAUUGGCAGAUUUUUCCACUUAUUUUAGGGUCAAAAUGUCUUGUUUUUAUUAUUGUUUUACUUGUUUUAAAAAGGUCAUUUUGCCAGUGUAUCCAGUCAGAGUCUUGACCAAAAUGUUUGAUUGGCUGGCGACCUGCAAUCACUGUCCUACAAUUUUAACCACUGCACCGGUAAUCCUCCCUCUUCUUUCUGUGACGCGGUGUCACGUUACCACGUGAAAUGACAAGUGAUGCAUUAAAAACCUGUUCCUGUAA